AGCUGCCGUUAAACCCCAGAGAAGAAGAAGGAAAUUUAACAGAAGAAGAAGAAGUGAUGGUUUGGUGUUUGGCCUUGUGAGCUGAACUCACAUUUUGUGUCAUUUCAUUUCUCAGCAAAUGACAGCAGAAGAACAAUGACCCGCCACGGAAAGAACUGCACGGCCGGAGCUGUCUACACAUACCACGAGAAGAAGAAAGAUACAGCGGCAUCUGGUUACGGGACACAGAGCAUUCGACUGGGCAAAGAUGCGAUCAAAGACUUUGACUGCUGCUGCCUAUCCCUGCAACCCUGUCAGGAUCCUGUGGUGACACCAGAUGGAUUCUUGUAUGAAAAACAAGCCAUUCUUGAAUACAUUUUGCACCAGAAGACAGAAAUUGCCAAAAAAAUUAAGGCGUAUGAGAAGCAGAAGCAGACGCUGAAGAGCAACAGCCAACUUGAGUCCAAGUCAGAGGAAAGAGAACGGGUGGAGAGGUUUAAAAGCAGGGAGAACAGCAUUGUGUCCAAACCCAUCAACCCAUUCACAUCUGGGCAGAGCAAAGGAGGCGAGAUGGGCAGGACAGAUGGCAGCUCAGCAGAAUCCCCCAGUGCCGCGUCAGCUGCCUCUUCCAGCCAGACCCUGCCCAGUUUCUGGAUUCCCUCUCUGACACCUGAGUUCAAGCCCACCCUGCUCAAAAAACCAAGUAAGACUGUGUUAUGUCCCAUGUCAGGACGACCCAUUAAGAUGAAUGAGCUUAUCACAGUGCGGUUUACCCUGUUGGACUCCAGCCUGGAUCGAGUGGCCUUGCUCACCCGCCAGGACAGGUAUGUAUGUGCAGUAACCAGAGAUGUCCUCGGCAACAGUGUCCCCUGUGCCGUUCUGCGCCCCUCGGGUGCUGUGGUCACUCAGGAGUGUGUGGAGAAGCUGAUCAAGAAGGACAUGAUUGAUCCUGUGACUGGAGACAAACUGACUGACAAAGACAUCAUACCACUGCAGAGGGGUGGAACCGGCUUCGCUGCCUCUGGGGUUGACCUCAGUGCCAAAGAGGCUCGUCCAGUGAUGCAAGUGUGACAUGGAGGAUUAAAGACUGCUCAGUGUUGUUACAAUGAUUCUAUGGACAUUCUCAGUAGAGCUUACUAAGUGUAAAAGGGUGAUGUAUUUUUUGUAACAGACUCCCUCUCCCAGCAUAUCGACAUCUUUUACCUAUUUCUGCGUCUUUGUUGUUUGCUGGCCUAUUUUUCUUGUUCCUGAAAGUAACUGGCAUUUUCCACCCUAGAUGAUGAAAUACAAACAAUGUGAAAUACAACCCUCUCCCGAAAAAUACUUUGAAAAGUCAAUUUGGCCUUCUCUUACUGCGUCUUUAUAAAACAGAAAUACUUUAUUUUGUAGAGCUGAUUAUUGGCGCAAUACUCGACCUCUCCCCUCUGUCAGGUUGCAAGUGACAAACAGUUAUUGCUGAAACAGUGUGCAUUCAUUAUAAGGCUCUACAUGAGAGUAGAAUCAAAUGGAUUCAUGUAUGGGUCAUUAUUAUUUGCUUUGUGCUGCAAAAUAUGUGAAAAGUUAAAUUCAGAGCCACAAGAUUAGCUCCACAGGAUUUGCAGCUAGUGAUUAAAAAGCCUUCAAAUGUUAGCUGUGGUAUUAUGUGAGGGUCAGGGCUAUACCAGUGAUGACUUCAUGUUUCACUCAGGCACUGGCUCCCACUAAACUGCAUAUUGGUUUGAGUCAUUGUGUGUGUGUUAUAAUUGAGAAUUUUUAAUUGUUCUACACCUUUGAUAUUGACACGAUGGCAUCACAUUAUUUUGAUACACGUUAAGUAUUCAUGUCAGCUGUUAAUUAGUUUUAAAGUCAUUUACAAUAAACCUUAAACAUUACGUAA